CUCAAGGCAGUGUACAGGACUUCUGCCCCUCCCAUGUUUUGUCCUCGUAACUACCCUGAAAGGUAGGUUAAGCUCAAAUAUAGCAACUGACCCAGCUCUUCCAGAUCCUUGGAGAGAGAGGGUACAGUGGCAGUUGAGGUAGUUUAGAUUCACAGUCCAGACAUUGGCCCUCUUGUCUACCUUGUGGCAAUAAAAGGACAGAAAGAAAAGGUUAAAAAGAGCACAUCCCUUGACACUCCGUCUAAAACAAGCACAGGCAAACUCGGCCCUCCAGAUGUUUUGGGACUACAACUCCCAUCAUCCCUAGCUAACAACCAGUGGUCAGGGAGGAUGGGAAUUGUAGUCUCAAAACACCUGGAGGGCCAGGUUUGCCUGUGCCUGCUCUAAAACUUAUGUGCCCUGCUUUGUUUUCAGGAGGGGAAACUAGAAAAAUUAAUGCUGUGGCCUACCUGUGUCCAUUUUACUUAGUAUAGUGGUACCUUGGUUCUCAAACUUAAUCUGUUCUGGAAGUCCAUUCCAAAACAAAGGCACACUUUCCCAUAGAAAGUAAUGCAAAAUGGAUUAAUCUGUUCCAGACUUUUAAAAACAACCCCUAAAACAGCAAUUUGACAUGAAUUUUACUAUCUAACAAGACCAUUGAUCCAUAAAAUGAAAGCAAUAAUCAAUGUUCUGUACUUUAAAAUACAUAGGACAGCAUUGUAGAUGAUAAAAAUUAAAAUUAAUUUCUUUUCUUACUUGCACUGGUGAUAUUCAUUGUUUGGAUGGGGAGCUUUUAUCCAUUUCCGCAGUCACACAAUCAAUCAAUCAAUCAUAUAACGAAAAACAAGCCACAGUCACAAAAAUGAAAAAGCCACACAAACAAAAAUGCAAAAAAAUAGCAAAAACAAUAGCAUCAAAUAUCACUUCAGAACACUGCAAUCAGAAACGGAAGGCUUUAAUUACGAUGGGGGUGGGGACUCAAAUGAGCAGCGCAAGGGCAGAAGCGAGAGGAAAAAAGGCUUGAUUACGAUGCGGGGGACUCAAACAGUGAAAACGGAAGCUCAGGAGCAUGUUCGGCUUCCGAGGCAAAGUUCGAAAACCGGAACACCUACUUCCAGAUUUGCAGGUUUCGAGUUGUUUGGGAACUAAGCUGUUUGAAAACCGAGGUACCACUGUACUGAUUUCAAAAGCCAGUAACUGCCAACUGCCAGGUCACAGGGCCUGUGAAUGUGUGUUCGUGAGCCUAAAACUGAAUUGCAUGUGGACCACUCUUAACUCUGUGGAACUAGACAAAUAUUCUUGUUUCCCCAGAAAGUAUUUAUCCCACCAUUCUGUGGAGUGCUGUGCACUGCUCAGAGGUCUGGAAAGAUGUGUAUAAUGCUCUGAUUGGCUGCGUAGUUCUGAGGGAGCUUUCUCUCUGUAUGUUUGGCUGAAUGUAUUCCUGCUCUGUGGAAGGCCUGAGGUGAGCGAGACAAAACCUUAUGUCUUCUCAAAUUGUACGCUGUUUUUGCUCUGUAAAGUGUUAAUCAGAACUAUUUGCUCUGGAUUUGGGGUGUGGUAUUUAAGUGACUUUGCCAACGGUCCACAGCCCCUUAAGUUGUGAUCUUCUUUAUAGAUUGUCUUUGAAUGAACAUCUUUCAUCUGCUGCCAUGGAGUCAGAGAGCAUCAUGAUCCUUUAUGAGGACAAUUCUGUAGAAGUGCACUAUGUGGAUGGAUCCAGGUUGCUGCUUUCUCCUUGUGGGUCUGAGUUUUUAUUUGAGAAAGCCAUUCCUGCCUCUGCCCAUCCCAUACAGCCAGCAGAACGGAUUCGCCAGAGGACGCAAUUUGCUAUCAGCAUCUACAGGGUAAACUAGAACAUUUUUCUGAAUAAGCAGAGUUCCAAGAGAGAGAGAAGGGGUUAUUGUGGGAUAAUAAAUAUCCGACAUCUUUCAGCCCAUACGUUAAGACACAAAUGGGCAACCAUUUUCAGCCUGUAGGUUGCAUUCUCUUCUGGGCAACUUUUUAGGGACUAAAAAGUUUUUUUUAAAAAAACAGCAACUGUAUUUUAUAUUUGGUGUUAACCGCCCUGAGCCCGGUCUUGACCGGGGAAGGUGGGGUAUAAAGUAAAAAUUAUUAUUAUUAUUAUUAUUAUUAUUAUUAUUAUUAUUAAAUGCCCGUGCUGAGUGAGACCAGACUGAAAAGUGGAUUUCACUUUUGUACCGUAGCCUAGUUUCUAAAUAUAUACAGACGAUAAGGAUGUUGGAACUAAACAUGGGUUCUUAAUUGCCAUUCCUCUCCUUUAAGAAAGGGGGAAUUAAAUUUAUGCUUUUGUUAAUCUACAAAUUCUGUGAUAUAUUUUGUUGUUUUUGUGUGUGUUUUUAGGAGAAGCUUUUGCAGGCAAUUGAUUUCCGGAAUCAAUAUUCUGAUCGUCCCUAUUUACCUUCAAGUAUUAUACCUCCUGAAAGGAAAAAUGUAAGUGCUUUUUGUAGGCUUACUAUUCUUAUUUAUUAAACUUCUUAGUCAGCCGCAGGUCUCCAAGCGACUUACUUGUAAAGGAAAAUAUGCAAUACAUACACGAUACCGUAGGAGAAAGGGGAAGGCCAUAUAAUACAUUAACAUUUCCUAUAAUGUAACAUUUAUGGAAAAACAAAAAACCAACAUAUCAGCCGUAUAAAUAAUAGCAAACAAUGUUAACAACACUCAAAUAAUAAACGAAGCAACAUCCCCACUCACUAAUUAGCAAAUAAAGAAGACCUCAGCCCCUUUCCUAGUCCAAAAGCUAUUCACAUCGAACCAACCAUUUCCCUGCUUUAACCACCCUGCCUCACCCAGAAGUCUGGUGUCAAAGCCAGCUGUUGCAAAAAUCAGAGCUGGAUGGGUCCCGUGUCUUCCAGGGAUGGUCUGGUGUCUCUCUUCUCCCUUUGGGAGAGAGCAGUAGCAAAGCAGGAAGAUGGUAGCAAAAGUUUUACCUGCUAAGCAGUUGUCCUGGCUACUGCUCCUCUCUUGUUGCAGAGCAGAGACUUGCCUGCCUGCCUGCCUGCCUGGGGAUUCAGCAUCCUGCCUAGUGUCAAGGCCAGCUGUUGCAGAUCUGUGGUUGUGUGGGGAUUUGACAGAUCAAAGUGGGUCCAAACUAAAUUGCUGGGUGGUAGCUCAUGGGAGUUGUAGUCCAAAACAACAGGAGAAGGAACAGGUUGGAGAAGACCAAUUAAUCACAGAAUCAUAAAAUUGUAGAGUUGGAAGGAACCCUGAAAUUCAUCUAGUCCUCAGGGACCGUAUAACACUGGUCCUGAAAGACCUACAUUGACUCCCAGUACAUUUCCAAGCACAAUUCAAAGUGUUGGUGCUGAUUUUUAAAUAAUAAUAAUAAUUAUUAUUAUUAUUAUUAUUUAUUAUUUGUACCCCGCCCAUCUGGCUGGGUUUCCCCAGCCACAUUGGGCGGUUUCCAACAAAGAUUAAAAUUACAUUAAAAUGUCGCACAUUAAGAACUUCCCUAAACAGGGCUGCCUUCAGAUGUCUUCUAAAUACUAAUAAUUUAUUAUUUAAAGCCCUAAACGGCCUCAGGCCAGACUACCUGAAGGAGCGUCUCCACCUCCAUCGUUCAGCCGGACACUGAGGUCCAGCUCCGAGGGCCUUCUGGCAGUUCCCUCCCUGUGAGGUUACAGGGAACCAGGCAGAGGGCCUUCUCGGUGGUGGCGCCCUGCGGAACACUCUCUCGUCAGAUGUCAAGGAAAUAAACAACUACCUGACUUUUAGACGACAUCUGAAGGCAGCCCUGUUUAGGGAGGUUUUUAAUGUCUGAUGGUUUAGCGUGUUUUUAAUAUUCUGUUGAGAGCUGCCCAGAGUGUUUGGGGAAACCCAGCCAGGUGGGCGUGGUAUAAAUAAAAAUUAUUAUUAUUAUUAUUAUUAUUAUUAUCAGUCCAACCCCCUGAAAUGCAGGAAUAUGCAGCUGUCCCAUACAGGGAUUGAACCUGCAACCUUUGCUUUCACCAACAGAGCUAUCAGGCUAAUAUGUACGUAGCAGUUAAAUAAUAAAUAGCGUCGGUGGCAUUGCGCUUGAGAUUUGAGUAGUUUUCCUUCCCCUCUUAACAGAUUCUUUUCGCAGAUAUCUCUAAAGCCCAAUGGCCCACUUCUUGUGCCGAGAAUGGAGCAGCCCGUUUUCACCGUGGCGCUGUGACCAUCUCUUCUCUAGAUGGCCAUGCUAGUCUGACCUUGCCUGUCCUUCAGCAAGAACUAACAGUGGAGUUUUUGUGCAAAGUCAGCCAGAAGUUAUCGGCACCACCAUUAGAUAAAAAGUGUGGCGAAUCGAUCCAGGAUCGGUGUGGAAGAUCUGGCCAGAAUUCUGCCGGGAAGCCGUAUUCUCAGCAGCUGAGAGCAGGAGGAGAAGAGGGUGACUUUGGCAGGUCUGUGGCACAGAAUACGCAGGACAGCAACUCAGGAUCUGUGCAAAACUUAGAGGAGAGCCCCUGGUCUUUCCAGAACUGCUCAUCAGAAUAUUGUUGGGUUACUCAACGUCUGUCUGUGUCCUCCUGCUCCGAAGAAUGGAGGUACCCUUUAUCAUUGGCACUUAGGUUUUAUCAGUUACACGCUGGCAAAGAAACUGAACUGGAUGAAGGAAACACAGAUGUUGGGAUUACAGAGCUUGAUGUAUCACACUCUUCUAGGGCAGUCACUUGUUUGCCUUGGGCUUUACCACUCAGCUGUCAUGCUCCUUAUUUGCACAGGUGAAUUUUUUUUUUAUUUAUUUACUAAAGUAUUUCUAUUUCUGUUCUCUUUUAUUAAGUCCCUUCCCCUAACUAAGGUGGCUAAAAAUCUGCUUAAAAACAGCAGUGAAUUUUCCAUUGUCGCUCUGUGAGGGGAAUAGGGGCUUCAACAUGCUUAACAAACUACGAUCCAGACAGGGGUUUUUUUGUGGGGGGGAGGGCUGUUUAAAACGGUAUGAUACUGCUUCAAAUGUGUAGUGCAGAUGGGGCUUCUUACUGAACAUGGUGGAAUUUCAUCUGGAGAAACAGAUAUAAGAUCAGAUUGCUUUUAGGCUUGAAAGCAAUAUCUACAGAAGGGGUGGUUUACUUCUAGCCCUACUGGGCUCCCAACUCCUACGAGCCUCAGCCAGCGUGGUCAGUGGCUAGGAUCCCCAGCAUAGCUGUCAACUUUUCCCUUUUCUUGCGAGGAAUCCUACUCGGAAUAAGGGAAUUUCCCUUUAAAAAAGGGAAACGUUGACAGCUAUGAUCCCCAGUCUUGCCCUACAGUACUUGUUCUAGAUUGUUUCAGUUGUUAGCAAGCCAGGUGGAUUUAAAUCACUAUCAGUAAGACUUGAUUUAAAUCACUAUCAGUAAGACUUGAUUUAAAUCACUAGUCACUGAGACUUGAUUUAAAUCACUAGUCAGUAAGACAUGAUUUAAAUCAUUUUUUUUACAGAAAAACUCAUUCUUGCUGGUAUAAUCUUAAUAUUUACAACCAGAUGAAGGUUUCGUUUUUUGAAUAAUAAAUUUUCAGAGUAGUUUUUACAGUUAUAUAAAAAAUUACUGAUUUGGUUGUACUAUUAGAAAUACAUAGACAGAUAAUUAUGAAAUCAUUGUGAGGUUUAAUUACCGUAUUUUUCGCACCAUAGGACGCACCGGUCCAUAGGACGCAUCAAGUUUUUUGGGGGGGAAAUAAAGGAAAAAAAAUUAUUUCCCCCCCAGGCGCUUGUGGGGCCGGCAGCGGGGAGAAGCGCUCUUCUCCCCGCAGUCCGCCUUCAGAUCAGGUCCGGGGACAGCAGGAAGACGCGCUGCGUCUCCCCGCUGUCCCCGGAGCUUGGGGGCAGGCAGCGGGGAGAAGCGCUCUUCUCCCCGCCGCCCGCCUUCACAUCAGGUCCGGGGGCAGCGGGGAGACGCGCGGCGUCUCCCUGCUGUCCCCGGAGCUUGGGGCAGGCAGCGGGGAGAGCGCUCUUCUCCCCGCCGCCCGCCUUGAUAUCAAGUCCGGGGACAGCGGGAAGACGCGCUGCUUCUCCCUGCUGUCCCCGGAGCUGGGGGCAGGCCGGGGGGAGAAGCGCUGCUCUCCCCGCCGCCCGCCUUGAUAUCCAGUCCGGGGACAGCGGGAAGACGCGCUGCGUCUCCCUGCUGUCCCCGGAGCUUGGGGGCAGGCAGCGGGAGAAGCGCUCUUCUCCCGCCGCCCGCCUUCAGAUCAGGUCCGGGGACAGCGGGAAGACGCGCUGCGUCUCCUGCUGUCCCCGGAGCUGGGGGCAGGCAGCGGGAGAAGAGCGCUUCUCCCCGCCGCCCGCCUUCACAUCAGGUCCAGGGACAGCGGGAAGACGCGCUGCGCCUCCCUGCUGUCCCCGGAGCUGGGGGCAGGCAGCGGGAGAAGCGCUGCUCUCCCCGCCGCCCGCCUUGAUAUCAGGUCCGGGGACAGCGGGAAGACGCGCUGCGCCUCCCUGCUGUCCCCGGAGCUUGGGGCAGGCAGCGGGGAGAAGCGCUCUUCUGCCCGCCGCCCGCCUUCACAUCAGGUCCGGGGACAGCGGGAAGACGCGCUGCGUCUCCCUGCUGUCCCCGGAGCUUGGGGGCAGGCAGCGGGGAGAAGCGCUCUUCUGCCCGCCGCCCGCCUUCAGAUCAGGUCCGGGGACACCGGGAAAACGCGCGGCGGCUCCCUGCUGUCCCCGGAGCUUGGGGGCAGGCAGCGGGGAGAAGCGCUCUUCUCCCCGCCGCCCGCCUUCAGAUCAGGUCCGGGGACAGCGGGAAGACGCGCUGCGUCUCCCUGCUGUCCCCGGAGCUUGGGGGCAGGCAGCGGGGAGAAGCGCUCUUCUCCCCGCCGCCCGCCUUCACAUCAGGUCCGGGGACAGCGGGAAGACGCGCUGCGUCUCCCUGCUGUCCCCGGAGCUUGGGGGCAGGCAGCGGGGAGAAGCGCUCUUCUCCCCGCCGCCCGCCUUCAGAUCAGGUCCGGGGACAGCGGGAAGACGCGCUGCGUCUCCCUGCUGUCCCCGGAGCUUGGGGGCAGGCAGCGGGGAGAAGAGCUCUUAUCCCCGCCGCCCGCCUUAAAAACAGGUCCGGGGAAAGCAGGAAGACGCGCUGCGUCUCCCAGCUGUCCCCAGAGCUUGCGGGCCGGCGGCGGGGUCUCCCUGCCGUCAGCCUCCAAACCACUUCGGGAGACAGCGGGAUGGCGGCGUUCCGCCUCCCUCUGUCCCCCGACCUUGUGGGGCUGGCGCUGGGGCUCUCCUGAAGCCUGGAGAGCGAGAGGGGUCGGGGCGCACCCGCCCCACACACUCUCCAGGCUUCAGUGAGUCUGCAUUCGCACCAUAGGACGCACACACAUUUCCCCUUCAUUUUUGGAGGGGAAAAAGUGCGUCCUAUAGUGCGAAAAAUACGGUAAGUUAACUGUUUAUAUUUGGACAACUUUUCUGCUGUACUUUAUUGGAAGGAGAAAAAUAAUCGUUUCCUUAAUAACAAUUUAAACAAUUUAUUUAACUAAAGCAAUAACAUUAUAGCGUAUGUAUCCAUGUUUGUUAACUGAUGUGGUUAAACGGUUAGUUUGUUUCUUUUAAAAAAAUAAACUUAGACUGAAUUUUAGCACACAUGAAAAACUUAAAACAAAUCCUUAUUUCCUGAUGAAUAGCCGUAGGACUAUAAUGUAACUUAAAUAGAAAACUAUCUUUAGAAAGAUUUUUCCUCCAAAAGCAUUUUUAUUUUAAAAAUCCAAUUUAAAUAAAAAAAUCUGAUUAUUAUUAUUUUUAAAAAUCAUUGAUUUUUAUCCACCCUGUUAGCAAGGGUUCCAGCAGGAUUUUGCUAAGUUCAGUGUCUGCUGAUUUGUUUCACAGGUGGGAUUUCUCUGAUUUCUUGCAACUGAGGAAAGAGGACAGUGGUCAGUAUUUGUACUCCCAGCCAGUCAAAAUAGUAUGGAGUAAGGGCAUCAUUUACAGGUGUGUAAAACAAAAAACAAAACACAAAAUUUAAUGGAUAACAAAUUAAUAUUGCUUAUCUAACAUCCGGAAAGUUGGGGUUUUUAAAAAUAUACUAAGUUUUCAGAAGAAGUCUCCACGUGAUUUAAGUGAAGAAGAGAGGCUUGAAAACAGUGCCACAAUCUUGGACUCCUAUGCACACUUACCUGGGAGUAUGUGUCUGCCUCUGAGUACAGUAUUGUACAGAGCUACUACUUCUACAGUUGAUGCACUUAAGUCUUGUUGACCCCAAUGAAUUUGAAGCAUAGAUGAUGAUGAUAAUGAUAAUUUUUUAUUAUACAUCAAACAUUAAAAACUUCCCUAAACAGAGCUGCCUUCAGAUGUCUUCUAAAAGUUGGAUAGUUGUUUAUUUCCUUGACAUCUGCUGGGCGGGCGUUCCACAGGGUGGGAGCCACCACCAAGAAGGCCCUCUGCCUGGUUCCCUGUAACCUCACGUCUCGCAGUGAGGGAACCGCCAGAAGGCCCUUGGAGCUGGACCUCAGUGUCCGGGCUGAAUGAUGUGGGUGGAGAUGCUCCUUCAGGUAUUCUGGGCCGGCUGCAGUCCUGUACACGAUGUGACUUCAGCCAACACCACUAUUUUAUCUGUAAUUAAUCCACACAGUCUCAUAAGGUAGUAAAACGCUCAGCAGGACUAACCAGUACUUUCUCUUAGGUUUCUUCUUGGAGCUAGACAGAUAGAAAUCUACCCCGGUGAUGGCUCAGUUUUCAAAUCGGAAGGUUCCUUUUUGGGGAAAUAUUUCACUCGCUAUUAUAUCCAGGAAGGAACGAGGGAGGUAAAUGACGCCAUUUUAUCUUUCAGACCCGUUCUAGAAUAUUUGAGGAACGUUGCUGUAGGUCUUCUAUUAUGCUAUGUUUAUAAAUUACAGUUUCCAUUAUGUUUUCCUUGACACUUAAUGACAGGGAACACCCAGGCAUUUUUAGAGCUAACGGUGAUAUGUCCAACAAAAGGUGGAGAUGUUUGAAAUUGGCAGGCAUGGCAUAGUUUUUCAGUUUGAGCUCAACGUUUUUAUACUCUGUUUCCCUCAGUUCUCAGAGUGGCUUAACAAUCAAUCCCUCUUCACAGGGAACUCUGAGAAUUAUAAAUCUGUGAGGGGAAUAGAGGCCUCCUGACAACUCUCAGUACCCUUAAGAAACGGCAGCUCCCAGAAUUCUUUGGGGGAAGCCAUGACUGUUUAAAGUACUAACAUAGUGCUUUAAAAUGUAUGGUGUGAAUGUGCCUGAGGUUCUUGGUUUGCUUGUUAGAAAGCAAUUUCCUUUUGUUUUUUUGCAUCUUUAAGAGAGAAGAAACAAUGUAUUCUGCAAGCAGUCUACCACCUGAUGUACCUGGAAGUCUCUACUCUGUGUCGACCAUUAUCACUCAAGCUGUAAGGUGAAAUAUUUUGGCUCUGCAUUUUUGUUAGUCCACACACCAAGGGCAUGUAUAGCUGAGCUGAAGGAACAUUUACUGCUUUUCCUGUGUCUUAUGAAGUGCCUCUUGAGUAGCUGACUCAGUUUACAUCAUGACAUGAAAUGGGUUUAGGAAAUGCUGUUUUAUUGGUAGGCUAAGGUGCUAACAAUAAAUAUACAAGUAAAUAUAAACUGACUUAUUUUUGUAAAGCCAGUAUGUCCUUAUGAAACAUCUUUUAUCUUUUUCUUUUUUUAAACUACCUAGAGUUCUUCAACAUGAUCUUGAGCGCAUGCUUUCGUUAACCCAUAAUUACUCUGUCUGCUGCUGGAAGAUGGUGGUAAGUAAGAAUGAAGUUGAGAUCUUGUAAAAUAUCAUGCUGGUCUCUGUGCUCACAGCACUUCUCAAUUUUCAGGGUGAAAAAAAUCUAGGCACAUGGAAAUUUUAGAUUUCCAUUCCCAACCAAUUUGAAGAGUUUAGGGCAGGUAAUUUUGUUUAUAAAGAUGUAUAUUUUAAAUGAGAGAAAAUAAACCUUAUUGACCUAUUGAGCAAAUGCUACAAAUUAUAUAUAGACUCUUUAGGUCCUAUUCUCCCCUAAACUAGAGAGUAUGAAAAUAAAUGAAACUAGAAAAGGAUCAGAAACAGCAAAAGGGCUUUCCAGUAGAUAUUUUUGUCAUUGAAAUCCUACUCAAUAUUGAUCCAGAGCAGAUUCUAAUGUAUAGUUAGUUAGCAGAGUAAGAAACUUGUUGCAGGAUUCCCAAAAAUAGACCAGAGGCAAUUGUAUUUUAUCCAGCAGAGCUUUACUGCUACUGAAGGCAAAUGAGCAUAAUGGUCACAAAUCCAAUACAUUUAGGACUGGCACUGUUCAUAAGAAAUCCAGUUGCAGCAGACUUAAACUUACACUAAGCAUAUUAUGUACAAAACACCAUACCAGAAGGAAAAUAGAGAGUGAAACCCAUGCUCCUUCUGGCCUUACUUUUAGAGUCAGCAUGACCUUGACAGAAAGAGAUAACAGGACCAGUUUAAGAAAGCUGUACUCAGCUUCUCUGAAGGUAUAACCAAAACAUCAUGAACCUUCUGCUUGUUUCCUUUCACACAGAGAAGUUUCCAGAACCCUCUUGAAUUAAACAGAAUAGGAAAGAUCUCUACACAUCAGUUCAAUACUUUCUGCACUAAGAAAUGCAAACGUGACAGUUUUCCCUAUGUUAUAAAUUAGUACUUAUUUUUGUCCCACAUUGUUUGUUUCAGUGUCCUGAGAAGGGUAGAGGACAAAUGUUGCCAGUCCCCCUGGCUGAAACAAUUGUUCCCAAUGUAGGAAGGCUCUUUGCGUAUUCAGAUAAUAAAGUGCAUGCCAUUUUUUAUGAUGGAAUGAUCCUGAACAUGGUGUGGGAUUUCACUUCUCAAGAUGGAAAAUCACAGGUGAGGUUUACAGGGUGUUGGUUUAAUUUGUCCCGUGCUUGGGAGCAUUUACCUCCUGGUAAAAGGUAAAGGACCCCUGGACAGUUAAGUCCAGUCAAAGGUGACUAUGGGGUUGCAGCGCUCACCUCACGUUCAGGCUGAGGAAGCCAGCAUUUGUCCACAGACAGCUUUCCGAGUCAUGUGGCCAGCAUGACUAAACCACUUCUGGUGCAUGGAGGACCGUGACAAGUGUGAGAGCGCACAGACAUGCUGUUUACCUUCCCGCUGCAGCGGUGCCUAUUUAUCUACUUGCACUGGCAUGCUUUUGAACUGCUAGGUUGGCAGGAGCUGAGACAGAGCAACGGGAGCUCACCCCGUUGUGGGAAUUCGAACCGUCAACCAAGAGGCUCAGUGGUUUAGACCACAGCGCCACCCAUGUCCCUUUACUUCCUGGUACUUGUGCAAGAGAAGACAUCAUGACUAUUUCCAGUUUCAGCCUUUCCAGUUUCAUCAUCGCCUUUUACAAAAUAACUCCACAAACAUUUAAAUAGAGACAUUAUUUUGUGGCAACUCUUUCCCUUCAAAAAUGGCUACCACUUGCUAAUUGUUAGUCACAUCCCUGAGAAACUCUGGAGAAUUUGUCUGCUCCCCAACCCCGUCCCUGCUGCAGUUGAAAUUUGGUGAAGUGUGCAUCUUAAAAUUUCUCUGCCCCAAACAGCGCAGUUGAGAAGCCAUUUGCACACAGCUCUGGUUGUUGAUUGUAUGGUUGUCCAGCAGGCAGCAGUCAAAAACCUAUUUAGAGUGGCUCUGCUAUAAACAACAGUAAAAGUGAAUGAGAUUUAUUAUGAGAGUAUGGGAUUUGGGGGUUCGGCCGGUUUGCUUCUGGGGCUGAAGAACUAGGGAUAUAUUAGUAUCCAGAAUUAUACUGACCCACUUGGCUACAAGGAGUGCUCAGAAAUGGAAGCGUGCAGGGAACCAACCUGGAGGGCGGGGACUAGAAAACUAAGCCCCUACCUGAAAAAAAUGACAGCAGACAGGCAGAGGUUACUUGGAAGAAGGGAUGAAGUAGGGUACUUCUACUGAUUACGGUAUCUAAUUUUCUUCUAAGAGACCUCAAGAUGCUAACACGGGUUGGUGCAAACUCACUUCACCUGCAGGAGCACAGCAGCUUAUCCAUGUAGAUCAUCCUGGGCUCUAUGAAAGGUAUUUGUAGGUUUUUUGGAUAAAUUUAGGAAUUUCAGUAUGAUUUAAUUUGCCCAAAAGAGAAAAAUGUAGGUGAAAUAUUUUUCCUUCCUCCUCUUGCUGUAGAAUUUGGUAGAAGUCAUCAAUCCUUUGACUACAGCAGCAAACAUUUUAAUAAACAUUUGGGGAGAUAGUAUUAGACACUGUGUUCGAAACUCCCAUUGUUCUAGGCACGUUUUACGACAGGGAAUGUCAUUCGUGCGAGCAGCUUCUGAGCUCCAGGCGCAGUAUUGCGCUUAAGAUUAAAAGUGCAGAAUGGAAGAAAAGGAGGACCUUUUUCUUCCUCCCCGCUUCCAGCUACUCUCUGAAGACUGGAGAAGAGACCCUCUUAAGAAUAUUACGGGGGUGGGCAGGUGAAGGAAUAGACCAUGGGUUGGCAAACUAACGCCCGGGGGCCAGAUCCAGCCCAAUCACCUUCUAAAUCUGGCCCACAGACAGUCCAGGAAUGAGUGUGUUUUACAUGAGUAGAAUGUGUCCUUUUAUUUAAAAUGCAUCUCUGGGUUAUUUGUGGGGCAUAGGAAUUUGUUCUUCCCCACCAAAAAAUAUAGUCUGGCCCCCCACAAGUUCUGAGGGACAGUGGACCAGCCCCCUGCUGCAAAGGUUUUCUAACCCCUGGACUAGACCAUGUGAAAAACGAACAUAAUAUUUUAGCUGCAGUUCAUUCAUUUUCAGCUUUGCAUCCUUGUUAUUAAAAAAAGCGAACCUAGAUACUCAGUUGUUGUGCCCAUAACCUAGGUUUAAGGUGCCAUUUGGCUCCUAGCUUUCAUAUCUCUGUUUCUGAUUAGGCAGCUGUUUUCCUAGAGCUAUUUUCCUGCACUACUUCUGUGUGCUGUUGGCAGAACAUCAUGUAGGAUCAGAUGCUAAAGUCUUGUCCCCCAACUCCCUCGUGUUCAUUUUUUGCAAUCCAACACUAUCAGAGACAGGCGGGUCUGUUUUCCUUAUUAGGGACAGGAUGCCCCAGCUGCCAUUGGUUCUUUAGUUGGUGUUGCCCAUUCAUGGUGGAUGUAACACAACUUAUUUUUCUCCAACACAGAUACGUAACAACCGUGGUCAAAUGGUGCAGAAGCUUAAACAAGGAUGGAGAGGUGUGUGCAGACGCACCACAGCCGAUUCCUGAAGAGACCUGGUAUGCAUCUUAAAUGGCUCUCAGGGGCCAUCUGUAUUUAUUUUUAAACACAAGUUUAUUCAAUUUUAUUUAUUACCUCUCUUUGGGAACCAUUUGGAUCCAUUAAGAGGCAGGCGGUGGACCAUUCAAAUUGGUCUCUCCUACCUGCGGAGGGGAAGGGUUAGGGAAGUCUAGUUGCACCAGUAAGUGAUCUGACCAUGACACUGCUUUUGUUCCACUGGAACUUAAGUGUCAGAUCACUCCUGGUAAACACCAGAUCUAAGGCAUGUUGUUGUGGUAAUAAGCAAAAUGGUAUUUUGAGAAAUGUGUUCUCAGUUUUAUAUUGGUAUUUUAUAGGUCCGUUGCUGCUGAACUUGAAAAAAUAAGAAGAUUCAAUUGUAUCCUUUUCGAGCACAUUUUGAAUCCACAGAGAAGUUCUUAGCAGGAUUGGAUCAUUCUUUUCUUGAGGCAAGCAAUAAUAAACCUUUUCUAUACUUUGGUUCAGUUUGUUAGGCAAAGUACUAGUAAGGUGUCUGCGAAUAGUAUUAAAAUGUUAAAGGUCCUUCACAUUACUUUGUCAUGUGGCAAUUUAGUUUUAUUUAAGAGAAAGGUUUUUUAUUACUUGGGGUGGGGGUGGGAUAUGCAUUAUGUACUUAUUUAAUGACAUAUUGAAAUAGCCUCUGGAACUUCUUUUAAAUCUUGCAGUGCAAUCUUAGACAUGUUCAGUGGGACUUACUCCCAGCUAAGUGUUAUAAGUUUGCAGACUUACACUGCAAUUGAAACCCCAGCCGGGAAGGAAUGGGGCCACUGUUCCAUCCACAGUCUAACGGCAGGGAUGACUAAUAACCACUUGCUUGUUUUGAGGCUUUCUGUGGGCUGUUCUGCACAUUCGGCAGGCAGAGUUUCACACCAGCAGAGUGACUCUAGCAGGACUCUGCCCAAACUACCCCCACCCCUUUCAAACCCAACACAAAGCAGGUUUGCAUUGCAGCAUGUAUUGAACUCUGUGAUGCCAUCACAAAUAUAGCACAAGACAGCUUAUGAAUUUCCCCAGUUCCCCUGAGAGAAGAGAUUUGGUUUUUGUCUCGCUGUUUUCCCUCCUUAACUAUACAACUACAGUUUUAGUGGAGAACAGCAAUAUUCCAAGUACGGUUUCAGCUGCAAAAAGAAAUCCAUCCUGCAGCACCGACCGGCAGAACAGACCAGAGGAAAUCUUUUUAGUUGAGAAUGUUAGUAAAAAGAACAUAGCUGAGACUCUGGAAAAAACUUCAAAGGUUAUCAGUGAUAUUGACUCUCUUUUAGCUUCCUCUGUAAAGAGAAAUGAGGUCAAAAGUAAUUCCGGUAAUUCUGUCCCUCAUUAAUCUGAUUGAGGUAGAAAAUGAAAUUCAACCGUCCAAGGUCAGGCCACAGAGUUGUUCUGAGUCACUGACUUUAUAGAUAAUUAAAGGCAGGAUUAUAAGUUAAGGAUAUUGUUAAUUUAUUAAUUUGAGUGUAUGUUGUGGGGUUGUUCGUUUAUAUUUUAUUACUUCAUUGUUUCUCUUUGGAGAUAGGUGGGAUAGAAAAUUUUAAUAUAAAUGUUUGUGUAUAUAUAUGUGUGUUUGUGUGUACACAAACUAUGGGUUGUUAUAAAAGGCCAGAGAUGAGAGGAUUUUGUUAUAAUGCCAAAUGUAAUUGCACUGUAUAAUCCUGUACCGAAUUAACAGUUAAGAAUUAGUUAUUUCCUACAUGUUUGAAAAUCACUGGCUUUUAAAUUUCAGCUGUCAUAUUUUAUAACAUUUUAUUCUGAUAUUUAAAGUUUUUUGGUAGAGGCGGGAGAAGAUCUAUACCACUGUUUCUGUUUAUGGAUGUUUGAAUAAAGCCAUACAGGUCAAUUAA